AUGUAUGUUCAUUGCUUUGCUCACCAGCUUCAGUUGACAAUUGUAUCUGUAGCACGUAGGAAUUGUAUGCUCGGUGAUUUUUUUGACAUACUUGCUAUUAUUGUGAAUUUGGUUGGUGCAUCAUGUAAGCAUAUAGAUUCUCUUCAAAUAAGUUAUCAAGCUAAUAUUCUGGAGAAGCUUAAUAUUGGGGAACUUACUUGUGGAAGUGCAAUUACAGACGACAUUUCACAAGCCUUACAGAAAAAGGAUCAGGAUAUUCAGAAUGCUAUGAGGUUAUUGAAUUUGUGUAAGUGUGCAUUACAGAACUUGAGAGAGAAUGGUUGGGAUACUUUGUUGAGUAGGGUGAUUGAGUUUUGUGUUGAUAGACAUGUUUUAGUGUUCAAUAUGGAGGAUAUUGUACUAGUGAAAGGUCGACCUAGGCGUGUAGCUCAGCAGGUGACUUAUUUUCAUCAUUUUUAUGUUGAUUUGUAUUGUCAUAAGAUAGACUCAAUCUUGCAAGAGUUGAAUGAUCAUUUUCCAGAAACAACUACUGAGCUCUUUACUUGCAUUUCAUGUUUAAGUCCAAGAGAUUCAUUUGCAGCUUUCGAUAAGGAUAAAUUGCUACGUCUUGCUCAGUCCUAUCCGUUGGACUUCAAUAGUGAAGAGUUUUUAUUACUUAGAACUCAGCUUGAUAAGUUUCUUUUGCUUGUGAAAAUAGACGAAACUUUAUUUAAUCUCAAUAGCAUAUCUUGUGUAGUUCAGAAGUUGGUUGAAACUAGAAGUUCCUGUUAUUUUUCAUUGGUUUAUAGGCUUCUCACCUUGGCUUUGAUAUUACCUGUGGCAACUGCAAGUGUUGAAAGGGUAUCUUCUUCUAUGAAUCUAAUCAAGAAUGAUUUGCCCAACAAAAUGGGAGAUGGCUGGUUGAAUGACAAUUUGGUGGUUUAA